UUACAGUGGUAACUGUUUUGUAAGUUUAAUUUAACUGUAAGCAGGGUUGAAAAGUGGUAUGAGUGGAAAGUGCAGUGACUAAUUGAGACUGAUAUGAUGAGUCUCUCACUGUAUCAGUCUCUGGCGGUCGCGUCUACGGCGUGUGUCCGAAUUUCCAGAAAUGGAACUCACCCAGCAGGAUCUACAUGCCAUCGCCAGCUCCUUACAAAAGACGCUGUCAGUCAAUGUGACAGAAAGACGAGCAGCCGAAUCUUAUCUGGAGUCAGUCGAGGCACGGGCAAAUUACUCCAUCUUUCUUCUGGAGUUGCUCAGUAAAAAUGAGAUGGACAGCGACAUCCGAGCAUCCGCCGCCAUCACGUUCAAGAACUUUGUGCGGCGCAAUUGGAGAGUGAUUGAGGAUGAGCCCAACAAGAUCAUUGAUGCAGACAGAACUUUGGUCAAAGACAAGAUCGUCGAGCUGAUGCUCAAUAUGCCCGAAAGCCUUCAGAGACAGUUAAGUGAAGCAAUUGGUAUAAUCGGAAGAGAGGAUUUCCCUCAUCGCUGGCCCAAGUUGCUGGAAGAAAUGAAAUCCAAGUUGGAGAGUGAAGAUUUCAACACCGUUAAUGGCAUCUUAAGAACAGCACACUCUCUCUUUAAAAGGUAUCGGCAUGAAUUCAAGUCGCAGGAAUUAUGGACGGAGAUCAAGAUGGUCCUGGAUACACUAGCUGAACCUCUCACCAAACGUUUUGAGAAAACGAUUCAAGGGACUAAUGGUGAUGUCAAAAUGAAGUAUGAAGCUUUGGUGUUGAUGUGUAAGGUGUUCUACAGUCUCAACUGUCAGGAUCUUCCGGAGUAUUUUGAGGACAACAUGAAGACAUGGAUGAGUAACUUUCUCAAGCUGCUCAGUGAAGAUGUACCUGUCCUUCACACCAAGGAUGAGGAAGAGGCGGGGACAUUAGAGCGACUCAAAUCACAAAUCUGUGACAACAUCUCCCUCUAUGCUCAGAAAUACGACGAGGAAUUCGGUCCCUUCCUGCCGAACUUUGUCACAGCUGUCUGGCAUCUGCUGGUCAGUACAAACAACCAAGUCAAAUAUGAUCUGUUGGUGAGCAAUGCUAUCCAGUUCCUGGCAUCGGUUGCGAACCGCGAUCACUACAAGAAUCUUUUUGAUGACCCUGCGGUGUUAACUAGCAUCUGUGAGAAGGUCAUUGUACCUAACAUGGAGUUUAGAGCAUCUGAUGAAGAACUGUUUGAGUUUAACCCAGAGGAGUAUAUCCGUAGAGAUAUUGAAGGCUCAGAUAUUGACACGAGACGUCGUGCUGCCUGCGAUCUCGUCAGGUCUCUCUGUAAAUUCUUUGAAGCGACUGUCACUCAGAUUUUUUCAAGUUAUGUCACCACCAUGCUUCAGCUCUAUGCUUCCAAUCCAUCAGUAAAUUGGAAGAGUAAAGAUGCAGCCAUUUACUUGGUGACAUCGCUUGCCUCUAAAUCCAAGACGCAGAAGCAUGGUACAACAGAGGUUAGAGAACUUGUCAACAUUAAUGAUUUCUUCACUGCCCACAUCGCUGGAGACCUUCAGUCACAAAAUGUUGAUGAGUUCCCAGUUCUCAAGGCAGACGCUAUCAAGUAUGUGAUGGCCUUCCGUCAAGUCAUCCCCCCUGAGGUCUUGUCUGCCGCCCUCCCUUGUCUCAUACACCUGUUGCGGGCGGAGAGCACUGUGGUCCACACCUAUGCAGCGCACGCCAUUGAGAGACUCUUCACUGUCAAACUUGCCAACGGACAAGGAGCCAUCUCAGUAGAGUCUGUCAAGCCACACAUCGAGACCUUACUCACAAACCUCUUUGCUGCGAUGGAGAUCUCUGGAUCAGAAGAGAACGAGUACAUUAUGAAAGCUAUCAUGAGAUCCCUGGUCAUGCUGAAAGCAGAAGCUGUCCCUUACCUGCAGGUCAUUGUUACUAAACUGACCGAUAAACUCAUCCUUGUCAGCAAGAAUCCAAGCAAACCUCACUUCAACCACUACCUGUUUGAGGCCAUCAGUCUCUCAGUUCGAUGCGGUUGCCAAGCCGACGCAUCCAAUGUCUCCAUCUUUGAGAUGUGUCUGUUCCCACCAUUUCAAGAAAUACUCACUGCAGACAUCGCAGAGUUUAUCCCCUACGUGUUUCAGAUCAUGUCUUUGAUGCUAGAGAUGCAUACAGACUGCCCCGAGGCAUACAUGACCCUCUUCCCUCACCUUCUUAUGCCCGUCUUAUGGGAGAAACUUGGUAACAUCCCACCCUUGGUCCGUCUCAUCCAAGCUUACAUCGAGAAGGGUGCUGACUCCAUCGUCAAAGAGGGCAAAGUGCUUGCUCUCUUGGGCGUGUUCCAGAAGUUGAUUGCCUCCAAGGCCAAUGAUCAUCAAGGAUUCUACAUCAUGCUGAGCCUACUGGAACACUUGGAUGCGACGGCGUUGUCAGAACACAUCCAGAAAAUCUUCCUUCUAUUGUUCCAGAGACUUUCUCACUCCAAGACCACCAAGUUUGUCAAAAGCCUUCUUGUCUUCUUUAGUCUCUUCGCUGUCAAGCAUGGCGCCGAUUCUCUUAUCCACGUAGUGGAAGAAAUACAAGCCAAAAUGUUUGAGAGGGUGCUGGAGAAGUUGUACAUUCCUGAGGUGCAGAAAGUGUCUGGUGUGAUGGAGAGAAAGAUCUGUGCCGUAGGAAUCACAAAGAUGUUGACGGAAUGUCCAGCUAUGUUGGAACCUACGCUACGGUCAUAUUGGAUCACCCUUCUUCAAGCUUUGGUCCACCUCUUUGAAUUACCGGAAGAUGACAGUCUUCCGGAUGACGAGCACUUCAUUGAGAUUGAGGAUACCCCAGGGUACCAGACUGCCUACUCUCAGCUAGCCUUUGCUGGGAAGCACGAGACGGAUCCAUUCAAGGGAGCGGUACCAGACGCCAAGAUUUACCUAGCUCAAAGGUUGAAAAAUGUUUGCACUGCACAUCCAGAGCUGAUAGAACUCAUCAAGACAGGCCUCGAUGAGAAGGUAGCCAACUGUCUGCAGAUCUACCUGAACGCUGCUGGUGUCGCCUUAGGAUGAUGACAUUGACCAAUGACAGUGACAUCAUCCUCAUGGCAUCGUCAUCAUCUGGAGCUCCUCCUUGAGGUGAAGACUAUUCCAGAGUUGUUUCCUAGCUAGCCUUGGACCCAGCCAUGGAGCCACAGUGUGUUACAGGUUGUAUAAGCAAAUACUUCAAGCUUCUUCAAGAGUAUCUUGCAUGAACAGUUUAGGAUUUGGGAAGGAAAUUUACAGCCACUUUUUAUGAGGAGUAUCUAACCUGCCAAACCCAAUGUGAGAAAUGUCACAAAACCCUUUAUUUAAAAUGGAACAAGUGGUAAUUAUGCGAGGCUAAGAAAGUCCUUCCACAUUAUUCACUUUGACAAAACAUUAAGCAUGAAAGCGUACACUUCCAUCGAAAAAAGCAUGUUUGUAUUUAUGAUGUAACUAAAAUAUGGAGAGUCUGUAGGGUUUACUGCAUCACAUUCAGAUUAAGCCAGACCAGACUGGUUCAACAUUUUACACUAACGCAGGCUUUCGUUUUUCACAAAGUAAAUGUUAUUACAACUUGCAUAGAUGGUGUUGGCCAAAUGUAAAGAUGUUAGGAUACCAUUUCAGGGUAAUUGAGUUCUUUCACUUAUUAAGUAGCAUUGAAUAUGAGGUUUGUAAAACUGUUCAUUGUCUUGAAAAUUUGGCAACAUGCAUCACCAGGUUACCCUUCCUGCAGUGGUAUCAUGACAGCGCCCUCUCAUGUUUGAGAAACGCUAGCCUCGUUUGGGCACAAUCUGCCCCAGAUGCAUUUGCUCAAGCGUUGUUUUUUUUCGUAUUUUCUGGCUAAGCCUGAAUUAGUUGUUUUUACAGCAAGUUUUGAACAACAUUGUGCUCUUUUUUUCUACACAAAUGUUGAAAUGUGGCAUUCCUAAUACAUGUAAUAUACUGCCAAGUCAAAACAGUUGCCUACUCAAGGAGUUUGUUGAUGUCUCUCAGAAAAAAAAAAUGAAAGAAAAACAAGUUGUUUAGGUUGAACAACUCUGUCAGAAAAUAGUUUUUUACGCAAAGCACCCAACUUUUGUAAAUCCGAAUUGUUUGGUUUAUUUGUUUGUUUCUUGGCCAAAAAAAACAUGACUUUGUGAAGGUCUCAAAAUUAUGCCAAAUUUGUGCGACUUUGAGUUUCAGAAAAUAAAAUGAAAUUCUAUAAAAUGCAAGUAUGUUUCUUACAAAACACCAAGAAGUGGUUGAAAAUAAAAUCUUUGACAGCAGGAAACCAGAUCUGAGAAUGUUGAGUUUGAGGAUUCAUUAUGUUGAACUGGCUGAAGUUUACAAGAGUUAGGACUGUCUCCUUUCCCUCAUUCGUUUUAGAGAAAGGUUGUUCAACCAAUGUUACUGCAUCUUCCACUUUCUUUUUCCAGGGGAGAGGAGGUUAAUGAAUUAAUGUAACUUGGAUUCUCUACUAAUUUUUGGACAAAUCUCAACUAGUACACAACAUAUUAGUUAACACAAAUACAAAACUUAAUACCAAUAUGUACAGAUAGUUUGAAUUAUAAUAAAAUAUAUUUGAAAAGAUUGGAAAGAUUUCAGUGAAAUACCAUCUCAGUCACAUUGCAAGCAUGCAAAGCAAAUAAAAUCUGACAGAUAAUGGACAA